CGAUCAUGAUUCUAUUUGAAGGAGCAGAUUUGAGAGUCUGCAGUUUCACUUCACUGUGUAGAAGUUUGCUUCUGCAGAGACUUAGGUUUCUAUUUCCCAGGGCUUAGAUGCUUUUCACUCUGCCCCUCAUGGGCAGGCUUGAGAGGAGAAAAGCAAACAAAACACUCUGAACCUGGGACUGACCACUACCUCUUCUCUCAGCAGAAGCUCCAGUACCAACACCUGGUAAGAGGAGAGACGUCAGAGCUGCAUGAGGAGGGCUGUGUAAGUGUGUGAAGAUGAUGGGAAACAGACAAGAUGGCAUUUGGCCUUCUGGGAUGUUUUCCUCUCCUCCUGCUGGUGGGACUGUGGACCCUGGUGUGUCCACGCUGUGCUCAGCCUAAGCAUCUCACUAAGGCUCACUGGUUUGAAAUUCAGCACAUACAGCUGAGUCCUCAGCAAUGCAACAUGGCCAUGAGUGGUGUCAACAAUUACACACAGCACUGCAAGCCUGAAAACACCUUUCUGCACAACUCUUUCCAGAACGUGGCUGCUGCCUGUGAUUUGCCCAACAUCACCUGCAAGAAUGGUGAGAACAACUGCCACCUGAGCGCCCAGCCGGUCAACAUGACUCAGUGCAGGCUCAGGGUAGGGAAGUACCCUGACUGCCUCUACAGCCAUGCUGUGCAGGACAAGUUCUUCAUCAUUGCCUGUGCACCCCCUCAGAAGAGCGACCCUCCCUACCACCUGGUUCCUAUACACUUAGAUAAGAUUGUUUGAGGUUUUGAACACUUCCUCUCAUUCCACAUAGGUUCUCUGACAAUAUCUUCUGCUUUUUUUUUCUUUUCUCUUGUUUAUUUCUGUGUUCCCCAAGAGGACAGAAGGGAGGUAUUGGGACCUUCUACCAGAAUAGAAUUGGAUCAGGGGAAGGGGGGAUAGAGGAGAAAGAUGGAGGGGAUGAAUCUAACUAAGAUAUACUGUAAGCACUUUUGUAAAUGUCACAAUGUACUCUCAGUACAACUAAAAUA